CUUUACAUAUCUAAAUAAGGCGUUAGAAUCUGCUAUAUCACCUAUAGUGAUUUUUGCUACAAACCGUGGAAUAUGUCAAGUCAGAGAAACAGAUGAUAUUAUUGCACCUCAUGGCAUCCCAAUUGAUUUGAUUGAUCAAAUUUUGAUCAUUCAAACAUUAUGGAUGAUAUCAGAUCAAUUGUUCAAAUUCGUGCAAGAACUGAAGGAUGACGAUGCUUUGAAUUAUAUAGCUGAAUCUGAAGUCAAAACAUCUUUGAGCAAUACACAACGUUACCUGUGCAUUAUUGCCUUCACAAACAUUUUAUCAUUCUCAUAUCUUCAUCUUCAUGAGGAUGACAUUUGUACUCAUUGGGUAGAGCUGCUCAACGAUAAGACACUUGACAAAAUAUCAGAU